UGACGAAUUUGUUUUUGUGUUGUCCGGUGUCGAACUAUUAUAAAAGUAGUAAACUCAACGCAUUCAAGUUUUCUACUUAUGAGACAGAGGAUAAUUUAAUUCGAAGUCACUUUACGAUAUUUACAUUCCUUACAGUUAAAUUUUGAAGAAAAGCAUGGCAGAUCCACGUAUCAAACAAAUCAAAAUUAAAACGAACGUUGUUAAAAGGUAUUUAUUUUAGGCUACGGCUUUUCGGAACCGGGUAUCAAAUGUGAGAGAGUGGAGAGGCUGGGUUUAUUAGUAGACUUAAUAGUUUAUUUUAAAAUAUUUAAAAUAUUAUUUUAUUUGUAGAGUUUUUAAGACAAAAUUUGGUAUCAAAUAAACAAUAAUUGAACGGACUAUAUGUUUUUAAACUUACUUAUUCAGUUUAAAUAAAAUAAAAAACCACAAAUGACAUCUGAAAAGCAUUUAAUGUAGUAGUCUAAGUUAAGUCUAAAGUAAGGGAUCCUUGCCCAGAUGUUUGUCGGAAUUAUUCCACCUGGGUCCCUUCAGAUCAAAUGAAUGCUAUUCGGAUGUCAUUUGUGGUUGUGUGAUAGUAUAUUUAGUUAAACUAAAGUAAAACAUCUAGUGUAGUCUAUUCAAUUAUCUUCCAUUUCAUACCAAAUUUUGUCUUACAAACCCAACAACCUCUCACUUCUGAUACCAGGGUCCCAAUAGUCACUUUGUUAUUUUACUUAAAUUUAAAUAAUUAAUAGGCCUACUGCCUACUACUCCCCUCAUCCAUAACUUGAUUAUUAAUAAUAUUAAUAUCAAGUUAAACUACUAUUAAUAAACUUGUCUAAAUAUUACUAAGUAGCCUACUCAUUUACUUAUGUCAUGAAUGAUGAACGUACUUGACUUAAACUAAACUUAACGACUUAAACUUUAAACUAAACUUAACUAGUAUUACACUGAUUACUGGGCUGAGGCCAAAUUAUUAAUUAUUAUUUAAUCAUAUUUAAACUCCAUUGCCUAGAAUUAUACUUGGUCACUAGACCUAUUAAGUCUAAGUAAGAAUAAUAAUAGGCCAGGGGGCAACCAUAACCCAUAACAUACGUUAUCCUCUAGAGGCGAGAAAGGGAUCUAAGUCUAAGAAAGUGUGCGGGGGUUUAAAUAUCUUAAGUGAUGUCACUCAUUUUUUUAAUCAUCCAUCCAUUUUAAACCUAAAAUCCACAGUGUUGUUGAACGCUCUGUUGUUGUGAUAUAAAUAUUCGACAGAAGACAGUAGAUGUCACUAAUAUACAUUUAAUAGUGAAGUUUGUUUUAGAUUAAAUUUAAAUUAGUUUUUAGUUUUUUAUGGUAGUAAGGGAGAUGAAGGCUUCUUGCAGACACGUUCAUUGUUUUGUUGAGUUACUUUUUUCAGGUUUCCCUAUAAUUUUUUUCACUGGUUUCCUUUUUUAAAUUUGUACUAUUUUAUUUAACGUAGUGGGGGGUGUAGAGAGGGAGGUUGUUCCUGAUAUUUGGGACAGGGUGACACACUUUAUGGAUGACCACUAAAGGCCCACUUGUUCAAGUGUAUGUGGCUGGUGGGAGAGGGGAGCUGUAAGUACAUGUAACUUACAUUACAUUUAUGGAUAUAUUCUACAAUAAUUAUCCUGAAAUUUCUACAAUCCAAAAAUAACCUAUUUAUAUGAAAGUCCAUAAAUAAAAAAGCCUAUUUGUAGGCCCUAUGUUCAAUUAAGCCAUCCAACUAUCACCUAAACAUCUGUGAAGGCUACACUAUAAUUAUUAAUAUAUCAUGGCAGUAUUUCAUCAUUAAUAUCAUACUUUAGCUUUGUGUUUUUCCUCCAAUUUGCCAGAAGCAGAUCAGGCAGCUUUUUAUAUUUUAGGUUAGUUGCGACUGUUUCUUAGUUGCUUAUUCCAGCUGGGACAUAACCCAUGUUGAACUAAAAUAAGUAGUAAGUCAUUGGCUCUUGGAAUAUAAUUAAAUUAACUCCAGACUUCCAGGAAUAGGAUGAGGAGUACAGUGAACGGAAAUUUGGUCGAAUCUUUCUUUAAAAUUUUCGUCAAAUUUCUUUUUGAACGCACUUUACUACAUAGUGAAACAAAAUAAUGCGUUCAAAAUGAAAUUUGAAGCAAAAUUUUAACUUAAAAAACUGAAAAAAGAUUCCACCAAAAUUCCGUUCGAUCAAAUUACCGUCUUUCAAUUUCCCAUUGACGAAAUUUCUUUCUAUCAAAUUUCCGGAUGCGUAUUUUAACAGCUGCAAGAUAAUUUGAUUCAAUGUAAAAGUUUUGAAGGAAGAAUAGUUAUUUAUUGUAAUUGGGUAUUGAUGAAUGCUAAUGCGUCCCCUAAUAAAAUUUGGCUUGUCACCUUUGACCUCACUAAUGUAGAUCUUCUAAGUAUUUAUUAGGUUGGCUAAGAUAGCAUUAUGUUCCCCAUAUUAUCCUUAGUUUUUUUUUUAGUCAUAAUUAACUCUUUGUAACUUUGUUGUCUGUAUCAUUAUAAUUAUAUGUAUGAUGAUUGAUUGAUUGAAUACUUUUAAAGGGCUUUUGUCCAUGCUAUUUGAACACGCUCACAGCAUUUAUUCAGAGAAACUUAGGUAUUAAUAUUUUAUGUGGUGUAGAUUUUGUAUCUUUAACUUAUCGAUAUUUAUUGUUUUGUAAAUAAAAGUUUAAUAAUUUUGAGAACGUUUAAGAUUUCAUUUGAUUUACUAAAUUCUCAAAUGUUCUUGACCUGUCUUAAAUGUAUUUUUGGCUAUUUUAUAAUAAAAUCUCCACAUUUUAUUGUUACGGAUAUUAGCUUGCCUUGUUUACAUCAUGUUUAUUUCAUGUUUCUCGUGCAUGAACUCUGGGUGACCCCAAGUUUGGCAACAAGAUGGGUGUGGCCUAAUUAUAAAUUGUCUCCUUUGACCUUGAUACAUGUAAACAUAGUAUCUAAUCGAGUUCAGUGGAACUUAUAAGAGGGCCCUAGGUACAGAUACAGUGCGUCUGGACCCUUUCUGGAAAAGUCUCUAUGAAAGACUAUAAAUAAGCCAAUCCACAGAGGGAGCAGUAGAGCUAGAAAGAGACACAUUCAGACUUCGAGAAAAAGAUUUGUGAUUAGGACAUGAGGAGAGAGCGAGACUAAUAGACUGACAUACUGUUCUGACCGUAGAUUUGUAUAUUUUAUUUAUUGUUUGUGUGUGCACCUUCCCAACAUUGCACCGGUACCAGUUCAUUGUUGUACUGUAAGUGAAUAGUUUUAUUCUAUUUGAUUUUGUAUUGUAAAGUUGGCUUUAAUAAAUUUGUUACUUGUAAUUCGCCCUAGUUUUCGUAUCGUUCUUUAUUACUGUUUUUAAUUAAUGGUUUCAUCCUUUGUUGUGUAUUGUUUGUUACAAGCCAUAUAGUAAAAUAAGAGCUUAAAUUCUCUACAUAUUAUAACUGUGUGUAACACUUAUGUUAAUUGCUCUGAAAGGUUAACAAAAGAAAAGGAAAGCUAUGAGAAAGAGGCAGUCCAACUUGAAGCAAGGCUGGAGAAACUUAAAAAUGAAGGUGAAGAUGAACAUGUUCUAAGAAAACAGGUAAUUUAUUAUUAUAUAUUAAUUAUAUCCCAUAUUUGCUUUCAAAACAUUUACAAAUUUAUUUAUUUAUUUUUUUUUUAAAACCCAAUUGAAAAUGUUUGUUCAAGAUACCAGUUACUGUAAUGUAAUCAAAUAUUUUUAAAGCCCAUAAUAUGUUUAGAUGAACUUUAAGGCUAACAUUUUUUUAAAAAUCUUUCUGAUUGUCUUACUCUAAUUUUCCUGUCUGUUAUCUUAGGGUGAGGUACUUCAAGAAUCCAGGUCAAUGAUUCCUGACACAGUACGAAGACUGAGAAAAGCUUAUGAGGAUUUGGAGGAACUUCUGGUGUGUAGUUGUAUUCAUGUAACUUAUAUGAUUUUGAUGGAGUGUUCCAGCAUAAAAAUGACAAACCGAAGUGUUAGCUGUGUUACAGACCUGUUUACUCUUACGAUUUUGGCGUACAAUGUAAGAUUUCGAGGUUUAUACAUUAUAAAUACUGUAUGUUUUUUUUUUCAAUGAAGAUAAUGUAUUGAACGAUUUUGUGAUGAUAUUGUACGAUUUUAAGAGUUUGAGGGUAAACAGGUCUGUUGUUAUCUUAAAGGAUGCAGAAUAUUGCUACUGAGUUUUACUGUGUGGCAUUGCUUGAAACAAGGAAGUCCACACUGUAUCAUUCCGUAGACAGCGUAUCUAACAAUUUUUCAUAUAAUAAUUAUACUUACAGUCCAAUAAAUUGUUUAAUUGCAGGGAAAGGAGAGUGAUCUUUCAGAAGCUGAAGAGUUCACACAAGCCAAAGAUGCACUCAAGCUUGCACAGCCAAUUAUUGCAUAGAUUUCCUUUUGAAAUUUGGCAUAUUUAUUACUGUAUUUUGUUACUUUGAAAUUAAUCAAUAACAAAAAUUAUUUUAGCCCAAGAAGUGUGUCAUUUUAAAAAUGACGUAUCUGUGAAUAAUUUAUGCCAUUGCAAGAAUUCCUUCUUUUUGCUAAUUUUUUAUUUGCUUGUUAAGGUGAAUAUCUGAAAUAGAAUUUCAACUUUCUCCUGUAAAUAUAAAUAAGUUGCUUUUUAAAUAUUGAAUCAAACCAAAUAAAAUAAAAUAUUUUUAUUGAUUCUUUUCUUCUUCUUCUUAAAAAUAACAUGUUAGUCAGCACUAAGUUUGUAAUAUUCACAACUAAGUUAAAGAAGUUAAGAUUAAAUUGUUUGAAAUGUUUGGGUCCACUUUCUGUAAGACCAUAAUAAAUUAGCACUGGCUCAAUAAGGAAGGAAAUGAGAAAAAUAAAUAACAAUGUGUGAAAAUCUGAGUAGAAGAAAACAAAACAGAAGACUGCGUUUGACUGUAGGUGUGUACUGUGAUGAUGGCCUAUAGUAAAUAGUAGAUCU